GCUGCCUCACAAAUGUCCACGCACUGCGCUGCAGGCCGAUCUUCCUGACUCCCGUGGCCGCACGGCCCUCCAUGUCGCCGCCCGGAAGGGCCUCACGGACUUGGUGCCUUUCAUCCUGGGAAGCCGGGCUAACCCGAAUGCUCGAGACAGUGAUGGAUG